AAUUUUGAAUAUUCAUAACUCUGAUACAAGAAGGGGGCAGAAACAUAAAACAGAGGGCAAUCAAGAGCAAACAUCGAGCAAUACGUAGCAAUUUUUCAAAUAAUUUCAUCACUUCGGGGGGCUAGCUUCAUAAGGGUAUCCCUGUUCCGCUCGUUAUUUUGGUCAGUGAAAAGCAGAAAAAGAACAGGAAGACUUGUGUAUCCUCUGUUCGAUUUUCACCCCUGACAAAUUCUUUAUUUUCCAACAUCCGAAUUACCACAAUAUUCACGAAAAAACAUUCAAACGCUACACGAUACACGACCGAUGAGCUGUACACCCCAGAUCGCCCCAUAUACGUUCGGUAUUUAUGUACUGUGGCAAUAUCCCAACCGUAUUGUACCCAAAAUUUAUCAUCAGACCAGAUGACCUGUUCUACGACCUCCUAGCGAACUUUAAGAUGGCUUCUCUGGUUCAAGGCUAAUGCAAGGCACUUGAACAGACAGUCGCCGCCACCACCUGCAUCUUCAGCCUCAUACAUCACGUUAUUAAUUUUCAUAAAUAAGAUCAUUAAGACCAGAGAGAAGAAAAAUCAAAGAAAAGGAAAACCAAUAAGUGAAAUCAGUGAAUAAAAUAAUGAAGAAAAUGAAGUAACACCAUAGAAAACAAAUGAAUAAAUGAAUCACCUAUAGUAGGGAUGACUAUUUUUAGUUAGUCAUGUUCCAUCUCUGCACCCUUUCCAAAAAUGUUACGUAUAUUUACCGUUUUUUAUCCACCAGUACCCACAUGGCCCAUGUAUCAUAUGUAUCGUCGCGAUAUCGUCUGAAUUUUUGUUCUCGUUUUCAUCUUGAAUUUCCGCAGAAAUGUAGUAGUCUAUCGCCUUCUUCGUCGUUAUUCCAUCAUCUUGUGCCAAAAAUACUGACAUGUUAAUGUGUGGCAUGCUACGUUUUUGAAACUCAAUUACAUGAACGUAUGCUGCAAAGUUUCCAAAAAAUUUCUGGUGGACGAUCACAUCUAUCAAAUGAUUUUUUCAUUCCAAACUGAUCUGAUUCCAUCUUCGUCAUUCAAAUCGUGGGCUUCCACAUCUGAUUCAUUGAGUGUCGCUUUUUUAUUAUAUCUCUUACAUUAUAUCUUAUGAUUAUGUUGCAUUUUAUUGCUUUUCUUGCUUUGCUUUCCUGUGAUAUGAUAUUCAUUAUCUUUAAAUCUACAACUGUUUAUUUUUUUUUGCUCAUCAAAUAAUCAAUUUCUAAUCAACCACUUUAUCUGUUGAAAAUGUCGAUUAUUCGUCAAUGUCAUUCAAAUUCCAACUUCAUGCCUUCAAAUUUCCGCCAUUCGCACAGACGCGUGUCAUUUCGUAAACCAAAUUUGAAUCGAUAAUUUUGGUUAUCGUGAACAUCAUCAUAUUCAUAUUUAUUUGCUUUGUUAUAACGAAUUUUAAGGUUUCAACGCAACCAAUCAGCGAAAUAACAAAAAAUCAGCUGCGUUCAGCGGCAGAAUUCACACAUUUCGCAAAGUCAAAUUGGUCCACACGCAUAAUGCAACGGCACCAAUCUGAUUCGCAAAAUCGACUCGGCCCACAUACAAAUCGCAACGGCACCAAUCGGUACUCGCUUAUUUCACAGCGUGUAUCUAGCAACACUCAGCUCAUUUCAUAUUUCGAUUUUUCAUCUCGUAAUUCAAUUUUCGAUCGGUCAUCAACUUUUUGAGAUAGGAAUCCAAAUUUAUUAAUAAAGGAAGCGCUUGAUUCCAAAACACGCAUAAAUUGAGAGGAAAUAUUGAAGCCCAGUAGAAUAACAAUAGACCAUAAAACCACAUUUUUGUCACGAUUAAUAUCUUAGCUUCUAUAAUUACUUUCCAUGUGGUCGACAACGAUUUCCUGAUUGAAAAAAUUGCAGUUCUGGGAUCCGAGUUCCUCACUCAAAGUCAAGCCAGUCUCAAUUACGUCAAUAUUUGUUUAGAAUGGGACGAUAUUAAAUUACCAUUCGGAUCAGGUAAAGCCGUCAGUAUCCCCGCUAGAUUCAACGUACCCUUUCAUGUUAAAGGGGCAAAUCUGGAAGUCAUCGAAGAAUAUUUACCACGUAUCAGAGUUGAGGGUAUCAUAACCGGUGAUGCUGUCGUUAAAGUUGUCAACGAUUCAGCAUACAUGAGAGCCACAAAUACAACAAAACGCGAUAUCCCCGUAGCAAUACCGACCCUAACAAUCAGGCCUUUUAAAGAACAAACAAACUCCGAGAAGGCGGAUCUUUACUCAGGUAGGAUACGCACUGAAUCUGAUUCUAAGAAGGCAGAAACAGAGUCACCACAAAAUUCGAAAUCCGUCCCAAUUGAGCUCGAUCCUUCGCCAGAUCCAAAUCCGAUUCAGAAUCAGAGCCGAUUGAGCUGAAACCCUCGCUAAAUCAAAAAUCCAAUUUAAAACCCAAGCCAAGAUAGCUGAAUUCUGCGGUAAACCCUCAAUUAAAUUCAAAAUCUAAGUCAGAAGAACUUAGUGAUUUGCGGAGUCCUGAAUUAAUACCAAAUGCAACUUCCGAUCAAAUGACAAACAAAGGACAAAUAAAUAAAUUGUAUGAACCAUUACGACUUGAACAUUCAGAUUCAGAGGAGGAAAAGAGUAUGGAAAAAUUGAUGGUCAAACAUUCUGAUUGUUUCUAUAUACCUGGAGAAACUUUUAAUUUCACUCCAGUACCACAACACCGAAUCACCACGGUUGAUAACCAACCAGUAAACACACGACAAUAUUGGUUUUCACCUAUCCACAAAAGUGAAAUUAAUCUGCAAGUGGGGGAGCUGAAAGACAAGCAAAUAGUAACAUCUUCUGAAUUACCUUACAAUACACUUAUAUGGAUUGUUCCCGAACACCAGAUUCCCAAGGAAAUAUUGCACGUCAAUCUUCUGGCGAGGAAAUGGAAGACAAAGAACCUUCAUCGACGCACAACUGUUAUCGAAAGUUAUCGAAAAAAUUCGAGAGGCAUCAUUCUGAUAAAUAAUAAUAAUAAUAGCAGUAAUAAUGUUAUGAUACACUUCACUUAUCUUAUCAAUGAUUUCUCCUUUGCAGGUGAGACCAAAGUUAGCCGUGUAAUGAAGAAAAACCACGUCCUCAUCGGGUACGUCGAGUCAAUUAUGAUGGAGGCUGUGGUGUCGAUGCUCGUACUCAGUACAGGCGAUCCGCCGCCGUUCAAUGGAACGCACUGAAUUUACUGCCUCGUGUUGUAGAAUAUUACAGUAAACUGGAGAACGAGCGCACUCCCGUCCUGACUUAUCAAUUGUCUUCCCCAGAGUGUCAUUACUUGUCCUUAUCUGAGCAAGGAUUACCUUGAACCGCCAGAGUCAUGUCUAAAUCUACAGCUCACACUUGACCAACGUGACAACGCGCGUCCUAUUCAAAUACAUUUCAUACUUUCAUUACACAACGAGUAUUUGAUGCAAAUGACGACACGUCUAAAUGUUGUACAAAAACUAGCUCGUCAAAACCUCAUAAGCGCUGGACAAAAAUCGAAGCAGUACUAUGAUCGAAAAAAAAUCCACUAGAAUCUAGAGUUGGAGACAGGAUUCUUCAGCCUGGUUCAAAAAUUAUUCACGUUCUUUUCCAGUUCUACUCACGGACGGAAGGUACUGAAGACCCAUUACAAGUCUGUUACUUUUGAGGCUGGUCACGACUUGAGAUAGAAAGGUAGGGUCGAGGCUGUUGAACCUUCGAAAUAUCAACUCGGGAAAGUAUGUUGCUUUGUUGGAAAUAUCUAUCGACACGAGUAGGGAUAAUCUCACACAGCAUGAAUCGAAAUCUUCAGCAGGUGCAAUUAGCGAUUUCAAAUUUAUUUACAGCGUUGUAAUCUGGCACGAUAUUUUGAGUGAAGUAAAUUUGGCUUCCGAAAUGUUACAAAGCCACGUUUCUUAUAUUUCUGAAGGCAAUCAGAUUAUGCAGGAUAUGAUCACAUUCUCUGCGGGGCAUCGAUCCGAUGAAAAUUAUUCUGAGAAAACGUCACUUCGACGAUAGAGCGCCGGAUGAAUUUAUCAGAAACUCAAAACUCGAAGAUAAAAUUAACUUUUCCUAUUUCCUCGUUGACACAGCUGUGACGUCUCUGAAAGAACGGUUUACUUCAUUACCAGCGCAAUCAUAAUUUCAACUUUUUGUAUUACAUAUUUGGUUGAAAAUCUAUAAGGAAGAAAGAAAUCAUGCGAAACUGCAAGAACUCACAUGUAUCAUCAACAUAUGGAGAUAGCAUGAAUAUCGACGGCAUAGACUUGUGUGAUGAAUUGAUGGACUAAUCAAGCCUGCUGCAUCGCGAAAUGAAGCCAUUUCAUGUUUUAAGUCAACCAAAAGAAAUCUGGAUCUCACAACCGUCUUUCCGAAUAAAGUAGUUGCGUUACGCAUUUUAUUGACAUUACUCGUAUCUGUGGCUUCUGGAAAACGCAGUUUUUGAAAAUUAAAAUUAUUCGAGAAUUAUUUACGAUCAUCAAGGAGCCAAGAACGAUUGGUGGAAUAAGCGACGUUAUUGAUCAAACAUAAAUUAUGCAGUUCUAUCUGACACAGCGAUAUUGUUCAUGACUUUGCCAGAAUAAGAGCCCGAAAAUUGAAUUUUGAAGAAGUUUAAAUAUGUUUAUGAACCUAUAACGACGAGGGCGCCAUGGGUAAACAUUGCUCCAGGCGUUAUUGUAUCUAGGCACGGCACUGAAUCAUAGAUUAUACUAAAGACUUGAGAUGCGAUCAUAAGAGGCUCUUUGAUGCAACAGCUAAGUCGCAUGAACCUUUGACCGUGCAAACUAUUGGCAUCUGGAUAAAGUCAUUACUGAUGAAUGCAGGGUCAGAUACUGAGGAGUUCACAUCUUACUGUGUAAGGUAUGCGGCAGUAUCAGCCGCUUUCAAAGACAGGGUCGAUAUUGACACCAUUCGUAGAACCGCGAAUUGGUCUCAAAAUUCUAAAACAUUCGCUAAAUUCCAAAAGAGGCCCAUGAAAAAGCCCCCAGAUCAGUUUACACGAUCUGUAUUACGUGGUAAGAACAAGAGCCAGUAAUAUAUGCAAAAAAAAUUGUCAUUGUGAAUGAAGAAAGCUGUGAUCAAAUGGAAUAAAAUUCAAGUUAUCGCGAUCCCCAAACAUCCAGAUAUGUCAUCAUCGGGGACGGGACGUGUAGUAUAACUGAUUGUUUGUGAUAAUGAUGAUUACUGUUGAUUAGUGUUGAUAAUGAUUACUACCCACCCCUGAAGAAUUCCUGAAUAUAUCCCGUAAUCAUCUUAACAAUCGAAAUACUUGGUAACUUCCCCACCUGACGAUGAACGAUAUGAAGACCGAAGGAGCAAGGGGUAGAGAGACCGCGUGGUCAGCCAUUUUUUAAAUAAUUUCCAACGUUGUGAAGUUUUCACAUAACUGAUACCACUAAGUAUGAUAUCAUUUUCGAACGAGACGUUGCACAUAAUUACAACAAUAAUGAGCAUUUCAAUCGUUUUCGUAUACCUGAAGAAACUUCCAAUUUUACCCCAGGGGGUAUUACAACAUUGAAUCAUCACGGUCGACGACCAAUCGUUAUCGAUUCCCACUCAUUCGCAAAAAUGAAAUCAAUCGGUGAGUGGAAAAAUUGAGAGACAAACAAAUAGUACAAUCUUCUGUAUCACCUUACCAUACAUCUAUUUAGAUCGUCCCUGAAAGUCUAGACUCUCGAAGUAACAAACGAUGAAGACUCAUAUCAGACUUUAGAGCUGUGACACGCAUGGAAUGAGUGGAAAAAUAAGUCGUAACACAAUUAGCUAUGCUCUAUAUCAAAAGACCUCUCGAAGUUCGCGCCAGACAAAGUCCCGUAACUCACCGCUAGAUGGCCAGCCGCCUUGACCUUGCCCUUAGUCAAAACAUAGCGCGUAGAAAAUGAGACUACGGCAGGUCGGUCGGGCAGGAGCGUAGCGGCUUGUCGUGGCUUCACUAUACAGGGUGAAUCCUUCAACUCUGUCAACCCGUCAGGGGUAUGUUGGGGCUGCUCAGACAAGCAAUUUGAGGUAACACACUUAUGGUCGGAAACUUCUCCUAACGGCUGUGCAGGGCUUUGAAGAUUUUUUAAAAAUUUAUUUAUUCAUUUAUUUAUUUUUUCUGGUACCCAGGGGUUGCUCGUACUUUCGCUCGGAUUCGAACGCAAUGGUUUGUUCCGCGCUAAACAACGUACUUCUUAGUGUCUCAUCGGUACAAUGACAAGUCGAGUAAUUAUGAACCGCCUUACUUGGGUCGAGCUAACAGAUGUGCAUUAUGCGUACCGCGCCAAUGAUUCCAAUUCACUCGCUGCGCAACGCUGGUAUCGUGAACGGUUCCCAAACCGACCUUUUCCCCACAGGCAAGUUUUCUCUGCAGUUAAUCGUCACGCGAGGGAAACUGGGUACCAUAAAGAAAAAAUUAAAAACAAAAAAAAAUU